AUGAAGCACGAGAUGAAGACUAACGUCGAUCUUGACGAGGUGCUAGUGGAGAGUGUAGAGUUUUUUGAGCGAUAUCUUCAAGAACAUCAGAUCUUGUGUGAUUAUCUCAAGCAGGGAUUUCUCAUGCUGACAAGAGCUAAGCUGCGGCUACAAGAGCACGUACUGAGCGAGAUCUCAUACCAUGAAGAGUUUGAGGCGUUGAAUGUCGUGAUAAUGGACUCAGAAGGGAAUUGGCGACUGCAGAAUGUAUUGGAAGCAAAAGCACAGCAUGCAGCAAGCAAAAGUUCGUUGCCGCCAAGUGAUCUCCGUCAGGCACAAAAACAGUUUUUAAAUGGAUUACAGGCUAUGCUGGUGACAGCAUCAUAUGCACACAAAGCUCAGAAAGCUGUUCAUGAAGUCAUGGUAGAAAAAGCUGCAGGGUCAUAA